UGAGCAGGUAGUUAGAUCAUGAUGAGCAGGUAGAUCAUGAUGAGCAGGUAGUGUUCAAGUUGGUCAAACUUUCGAAACAGUUUUUUUUUGGUGUUGCUGUAUACAUGAACGAAGCAGCAGGACCCGGAAGCUCCAAGCCCGCUCCCCCCAAGUUCAAGCAGAAGGAGGUCAGGCAGUUCAAGAGCAAGGCUCCCAAAGCUGGACAGUAUGGAUUUGAUGAUGUCCCGGGGAUGGACGGACUUGGAGAUGAGGUGGUCAUCUGCCCCUGGGAGGCGUUUGGUGACCUGGAGCUGAGUGAUCUGUCCCAGUUUGGCAUCGUCUAGUCAAAUGGAAACAGUUUAUUCCUGGUGUGCUGCAAUCCAGCAUCUUUUUCUUUGGUGCGCUCUCUUUAGGAGUUCGCCCCCUCGUUGGGCGGAGAGAUGAGCCUGAAUGGGUUCUUCCCCUCCAUUGAUAAGUGGAGGAAGAAGUUGUCGGACAGAAGCACCCAAGAAUAGCUCUUCUCCUGUCCUGGGCUGAUACACCUCACCACCUGGAAUCUCUGAGCUCUGUCCAUCUUUGAUUACAUCUAGACCAGCACCGGUGUAAAAGUGUAACACACUGUACACUGCUUGGGUUUAGGUAAAGGGAUGAAGAGUGAACAACACAUCUUCACAAUGAAAUACCUGAAGUACAUGGAAAUAGUUGAUUUCCAUGUACUGGAACAUCUAUCUAUCUAUCUGUCUGUCUGUCUGUCUGUCUGUCUGUCUGUCUGUCUGUCUGUCUAUCUAUCUGUCUAUCUAUCUGUCUGUCUGUCUGUCUGUCUGUCUAUCCAUCUAUCCGUCUGUCUGUCUAUAUGUUUUAUUCACAUUAAGUAAA